AUGGACAGUUCCAAGAGCUCGAGGAUGGAGCAAAGAGGGUCAUAUUAUGACAUGCCGGAUUGCGCAGGUAAACCCAAAUUCCAUCACUCUGGGAAGUGGGAAGCACUUCUAGAGCCUGAAGCAGCAGAAGCCGUUAGAAAUUUACUACCUCACGACGUGGAUGGCGACUUGUCCGCUCUGUGCGUAUGGCCAGACCAAAUCAGGCAUUGGUACAGAUACCGGUGGACUAGCCCACUUCACUUCAUUGACACACCUGAUAAUGCUUGCAACUUUGACUACUCAAGGGACUGUCAUGAUACACAUGGCUUGAAGAACAUGUGUGUUGCUGGUGCCAUCCAAAAUUUCACCUCUCAGCUUUCACACUACACAGAAGGAACCUCUGACCGUCGAUAUAAUAUGACUGAGGCCUUGCUUUUCUUGUCACACUUCAUGGGAGAUAUCCAUCAGCCAAUGCACGUUGGAUUCACGACAGAUGAGGGAGGAAACACAAUAGAAUUGCGUUGGUUCAGACACAAAUCAAAUCUCCACCAUGUAUGGGAUAGGGAGAUUCUAUUGCAAGCCCUGAAGGACUAUUAUGACAAGGACAUGGAACUCCUCCUACAAGACAUACAGGGAAACAUCACAGAUGGAAUCUGGUCUGAUGAUGUUACAUCAUGGCAACAUUGUGAUGAUCACCAUUCAUGUGUGAACAAGUAUGCUACAGAGAGUAUAAACAUAGCUUGCAAGUGGGGUUACAAGGACGUCGAGAAGGGUGAUACUCUAACAGAUGAUUACUUUCUUCCUCGGCUACCUGUUGUGGAGAAGAGGAUUGCUCAAGGUGGAGUCCGCUUAGCUGCCAUCCUCAAUCGCGUCUUCUCUUCUCAAGAAACACAAGUUGGUGAUGAAGCAUCACGUUCACCCACCUAA